AUGUCUUGCUACGACCUGUGCUCCACCUCUGCCUGCGGUGUCUACCGCCCCCAGCCCCUCGCUGACAGCUGCAACGAGCCAUGUGUCCGUCAGUGCCCUGACUCCAUGACUGUGAUCCAGCCGCCUCCAGUCGUCGUCACCUUCCCCGGCCCCAUCCUCAGCUCUUUCCCCCAGGAGUCAGUUGUGGGAUCCUCUGGAGCCCCCGUCCUUGGGGGCUAUGGGGGGUCCCUUGGCUAUGGGGGUUAUGGCUCCCUGGGCUAUGGUUCCCUGGGCUACGGGGGUCUGUACGGCUAUGGCUCCGUGGGCUACGGGGCUCUGUACGGCUAUGGGGGUUCCGCUCUGGGCUCUGGGGCUCUGUAUGGCUAUGGGGGCUCCCUGGGUUACAGGGGCCUGUGUGGCUAUGGCAGAUCUUAUGGUUCUGGCUCUUGCAGCCCUUACUCCUACCGGUACAGCAGGUACCGCCGUGGCAGCUGCGGGCCAUGCUAA